AUGUGUCUCGUUAACUUUGUGUGUGCGAUCAUCACCAGAGCGUUUUUCAUCCUGGUGGCUCUCACCGGGGUCUGGAGGGUGACAUGGGUGAAGCAGGACCCCAAAUACUGGUUCCUGACUUUCCUCUUCCUGCCUCUUAUUGCUGAAAUGAUAAUAACACUGAAGAAUCGAAAGGGAAAGGGUUACAAAUGGUUUUCUCCUGCUAUCUUCCUGUUCCUCAUCAGUAUCAUCCCCUCCAUCUGGAUUCUGGAGCUCCACCACCAGAAAGAGAAAUUCAGUGAACAAGAGACUAUGUGUGGACUCUCUGUCUUUCUUCCGGACAUUGACCAGGUUUUGUCAUCAGUCUGUUCCAAAGACUGGAUCCUGGCUCUUCAUCAGAUCCUCCUCAUCCUCCUCAUCGUGGGAAAGUGGCUCCUCCCGCUGGGAGGCGGCCUCACCAAGGACGAGCUCUCCCAACUGCUUCUGAUUUUUGUGGGCACGGCUGCGGACAUCCUCGAGUUUACCAGUGAGACGCUGUCAGAUGUGCAAGAAUUCAUCCCUGAGCUGGUCUACACCAUCUUAGCAGUGUGGACCUGGAGCAUGCUGCAGUUUCCUCUACAUCUGUCCGUGGUAAACUCCAAGCCGGACAGUGAGAAGGAGGACGAGGACAGUCCGGAGGUCUCUCUGUGGGCCAAACACAGUACGGACAUAUGGAGCGUCGUGGAGGCCUUGUUCAUCCAGAACGGACCUUUUCUAGUCGUCAGGCUCACCGUCAUGAUCUACUUCAAACUCUUCGGCCAGAUGCUGGUUUUCUUUGCCAUCAAGAACUUCCUGGUGGUCAUACUGAGCUUAUACAGACUGAUUAUUGUUUGCUACAACUUCAGACAGUCCCGUCGCGUCGCUGGGAGAGACAGCCAAGUUCCCUGA